GUAACCAGGAAGAAGAAAUCGAAGAAAAGGGAGAAGUGUCAAAAGCAAGCCAGGAAAAUACAACGCACGGACAACAAAUCAAGUUUUAAAGUAGACUAGAUGAGAAGCUCUGGAGUUUAUAUUCUAUUCGUGAAAGGCGUGAAUUCGGGGCAGAUUCAACCCACGGAGGUAAAGAGCCUGAGAUCCCAUGGGCGUUCAUGGUCUUACUACCUUUGUGGAAGGAAACCGACAUUUCCUUUUUGAUGUGAAAUUCAAAGACAGCCGACUGCUUGUCGACGGCAGCAGUUUGUAUUUCCAUCUCUACUUGAAACACGGUUUGGACCGACAGCAUGGAGGCGAUUAUGAUGCCUUUGCAACACUGGUCCUUGAGUUUCUCUCUGCCCUGCAGGCCUGUAAUAUUGAACCAUAUGUGGUUCUGGAUGGAGGGAUUGACCCCAGCAACAAGAAGUUUGGCACUCUGCAGCAGCGUCUGCAGUCCAGAGUUAGGGAAGCAGAGAAUAUGUCUCAAGGCCGCAAUGGCUCAGUUCUCCCUAUCCUUACACGGCAGGUCUUCGUUGAGGUCCUAAAUCAGAGGAAGGUCUCCCUGGUCCAGAGUCUUGCUGAGGCUGACUGGGACAUUGCCUGUCUGGCUCACCAAUGGAGGUGCCCAGUUCUGAGCAACGACAGUGAUUUUUUUAUUUUUGACCUUCCAGGUGGAUACCUGCCCCUGCAGUUUUUCAACUGGACCAACCUUAAUGGUAAAGCGUCUCACUGCUACAUCCCAGCUCGGUGCUACACCACUCAGGGUCUCUGCCGUUUUUAUGGAGGAAUGAAUCCGGAGUUACUGCCUCUCUGUGCUGUUCUGGCUGGUAAUGACUAUGGCACUCCAAAAGAAGCUGAAAGACUCCUGCAUUUGGUCGAUAGAAGAACUGGCGGCCAGGGGAACACUAAAUCGCCCUUUUCCCGAAUUGACGUCCUGCUUCGUUGGCUGUCCUCUUUCCCAAGUUCAGUGCAGGCACUGGCGGAAGUGAAGAGGCUCAUGGGAGCGAACGGCGGCGGUGGGCUCAGUUCACAGCUGAAGGCGCUUAUGAAGGAGUAUCAUGUGACCCCUCAAAGCCCCCUGACUUGUUGGUUCACUGAACGCAAGGUUCCAGAUGAGCAUAAUCGAACGUUACCGAAGGGCUUGUCGGGGGCUGCAACAGAAGGACAUCUGGCUCCCCUGGUGAUUGAUGCUUUGGUUCUGCGCAGGGUGCUCCUCAAUCCACAGGUGGAGAACAGCAGGCAACCAAGCAGCCACUGUUGCGCCACAACUAUACGCCAGGCCAUAUAUGGGAUAUUACUGCUCGAAGGGAGGCCGACGCCUCCUGAUAGCUCCCAGCCCUUGAAAUUACCCGAGAGUUUUACCCAGAGUGGUGGGAGAGCUCAAUGGGGCCAAGCGCACGGUCCAGCUGCCGUACUAGACACCCGGCAAGUCUCCUCCGCCCCCGUCCGUGUGGAGGAAUGGGAUCGGCUUCACCUCAAUCUGAAGAGAAACCAAGUGGAGGCACUGCGGCUAAAAUCCCAUUUCCAUGUGGAUACCCUCAGCGUGGUCCCCGGAACGCGUCGUCGCAAUGCCCUAUUUGAAGUCUUGCGGGUCAAUCCGUCUGCCUUGGCUCAUGUUCCUGCCAGCAUGUGUCUGCCCGUGGCGGUGACAAGCUUCUGGCUGCGGGAGGCCGCGCCGAAGCCUUCACAGCUUCAGCUCCAGGCCUUAAUCGUGGGAAUGGUUUACGGAGAGCUGGUUUUGAUGCAGCAGACCGGAGUUGUGUACUACCAAAUUCCCGUCCCGAAGGAUAAUUGGACCGAGCGCGGUUUGAUUCAUCGGCUGGAUCAAAAUCGUUUGUCUUCGAGAAACGGCAUGGACGUCGCAGCGGCUCACAGUUUCGCCCAAUGGCAGGCCUGCCUCUGGAGUGCGCAGUGUCUGAAUCAGUUAUUGCUGAUGCCGAUGAAUGAAGUCCGCUUCUCACAUUUGUUCAGCGGUACCAUGGUGCACGGCGUUCUCAACCUCCUAAAAAAAGGUGAAACGGUAGAUCGUGUGCUGCCCAAGUUUUCCUACGACGUUUACAGCGUCCUGCUACAUGCCGUGAAGAACUGCGGCUACAAGCCGCAGCCUUCCUCUGCGAGAGGCGGCGCCGGGCGAGGCGCUGAGCGGGGAAGAAGAGGAAGAGGAAGAGGAGCAGCGGGAGAACGGAGAGGAAGGGGACGAGGAAGGCGAGGAGGGGUAGACGGGAUCAGCAACCGCUUUGCUGUUUUAGAAAUCAAGGCAGCCUCUCUUGCAGCCCUGUCCACCUGAACUAAAUGGAGCCGAAUCCGCCAGGCUAACACGACCAGUACAUGGCGACGUGCAGCAGAACGGCAGACUGGUGAUGAAGCGGGUGUGCGUGCCGGAACUGGAUUUGAGGUUUUCCGACGUGGCCGAGACCUUCAAUGAGCUGCAAGAACGUUAUGAGAACAUGCUUCUCCACAUUCGAAACCUGCAAAAGAGUUGCGGCUGCGCACACAACGAUCACCUGACGAUAUCCGAAUGCCUGGCCAAGAUCAGAGAAGAACACAGAGACAAAUGCAAGGUCUCACUCAGGAUGAAGGGCUACGACUUCUCCCUCUCUGUGGUUCCCGUGGAUUCACAUGGAGCAGAUAAUGAGACUUUAUUUCCUCCCGCUCUGCGGUUCGCUCAAGAAGAGCUGAAGUGCACUUCUGAGAACACCAAGGCCGCCGUAUCGAAAGGUGCAAUCCUUCAAGAGCUGAUUGGCUGGCUACUUCGGAGCCAGGUUCAAAUUGCCGAACAGGUGAAGAGGGUCACGGCGACUUACCAGGACCAAGGGAGACUUCAUGAGAAUCUGGAAAAGAACAUGAAGGAAGUCAGGAGGGCCAAGGAGUUGUCAGUGAAAUACAGACAACAUGCUGAAGAGGUCCUAACUGAGGCAGCUCGGGUAGCAGGUGCUCCUCUGUAGUUCUUUCACAUUUUUUAACUGAAUUCACUGACCGUCAACUUUUAUACAAGUCAGAUAUUGUAUCAAUGCUGGUCUGAUCGUUGGGGAGGGAGGGAUCUAAAACAUGCAGGACAGCGGUCCACGAGGACGGGAAUUUGACACCUGUGCCUUAAAGCAAUGGAUAUUUGCCCACUAACGCCGACGCAACACAUGUAGACACGCAGUAUAACAAAGCUAACUAACAGGCACAUAUGAUUUAGCCUCUGUGAUGAACGACACAUAUUACCGCCGUACUGAGAAGCCUAGAGAGGGAGCUAAGUCUCCAGGCCAGUAUCUUUAUGCCUGUUUGUUCAGCUGGGCAAGGCUGCCUCACCAGAAUGAGCAGCACAAUGUGCACUGAAAAAGAAA